AUGGGGUUGGCGUCAGCCGUCGCUCUUGGCAGGCGACUCGCCACAGCCGUAGCCCUGUGGUGUCGGCGUGGUGGCCAGCCCAGGCACGCCGAGGGUUGCUUGCGGCUUCUCAGCAAAAGCGUCUUUGCCGCCUUGUUCCACGUGCUGCUAGAGAGAGAGUUAAAGGUAAAAAAGGUGGUGCGACUCAAACUUGCGCCCCACUGCGCAAACGGGGAUGAGAUGAAGCGGAUGCUGGACGGGCGCGCGUCGUGCACUGUUGACUGUUGGCUGGCCAGAUAA